AUGCCAAACAAGCGUAAGCGAGAUAUUCCCGCAGUACCAGACAUCACCGAGGAUCCGGUGGAGCGAAAACGAAUUUUGGGCGUACUAGCUCAAAGAAGAUACCGUGAGAGGAAGAGACAGCAAUGGCAGGCUCUACAGGCUCGAGCGGAGAGUCGCUCCGGCUCUGAGGACGGGCAGCCUCAAGUCGGGGACGUUCCGUUGGCUUUGAAAGCAGCUGUCGAGACAAGAACGACCUCGGAUCCGGCUGAAGCUGGUGCCUCACAGACAGUAGAGAACAUCUCAUUCAACAGCGAAGGUCCUUGUGCUGGCCCCUCUCAGUAUAUGUCCGAGCUCCCUGACCAAAGCAUGGAUCUUAUUCCAGAUGCGCUUCCUCCCAGCGAAUUUCUCUUAUUUCCGCAGUCUCCGCUCUCGCCUGCACAUCCUGCUCAGGAAAUGCCCGCAAUGCCCUUGUCUGCCGUAGAGGAUCCGUUCUCCUGCUUUGCCUCAGCAGCUUUCUUUCCAAAUCUGCUGCCCUCAUUUCAGUCCGCUCAGAGCACCAACAGCCCUGGAGGCGAUUGUAGUCUUUCGGACCGGCUUCAAACAUACCAAACCGCGACCUUCUCCUUCCCAGAUGACCAUCUGCUAGAGAUCCCCUCUCUUACCCUUCUCAAUGCCGCAAUGAAGGUAGCCCAGCGGUUGAACAUUGCCGGCAUACUAUGGGACCUCACGUCCAUAAGCCCAUUCUACAAAGGGCCCGAGAGCCAGACGAUUUCCUCGCCACCAUCUCUCUCGUCCGGCUCCUCAUCGCCACCCUCAACAGCACCCAGUCCCGACGGACCCGACGAUGUCAUCGAACUUCCCCGUCAUCUCCAACCGACUCCCUCUCAGCGACUCAUCCCUCAUCAUCCCAUUCUGGACCUCCUCCCCUGGCCAAGUACCCGGGAUAAACUCAUCCAGGUGUUCCAUCUCCCCCCAGAGAUGCGGCCAAAGUCUGCGCAGGACCCCAUUGGUCUUCUUCGAUUUGUCUAUGAUAUGGAGGAUGUCAGUGGAGAGGGCAUCAAGGUCCGGGGCGGGGAUCCAUUUGCCCCCGAGGCGUGGGAGGUUGGACAGGUGGUGUUCGAGCGGUGGUGGUGGGCUUUUGAUGGCGAGAUUGUAGAGCGAAGUAAUUGUGUGAGGAGAGAGUGUGGGAAAAAUCAAUUGAUGAUGAGGAUUGAGUAA